AUGGAUCAAGACACGGUCCAAGCCAGGCUUGACGAAGUCCUGGCUGCAGAUGCGAUCGAAAUCCGUCGCGCAUUCCGCAACUUUUUGAUAUAUUCGUUUGAUGUCGUCACUCACAGUUGCGCCGACCCUCCACCCCAACUUACGGACGAGGAGAUCGACGAUGGCUUCGAGUACAUCAUGCUCAAAUGGUAUCACGCGGGCGACUUGCCGCAUCGCCGUAUCCAGCAGAGGCGGGAAGCGAGGGAGCUUUUAGCUCAAGAAGACCCUGCGUAUGCGGCAUUAUUGCAAGAAGCAAUCUCCACCCUUCACAUCAGCGAUACAGAUGAUAGCUCUGUGGCAAGCACGACCCAUGAGAACGAGCCGGAAAGUGAUUCUCAGAAAAUCGGAGACGGACAACCCCAGGACCAUCCUACCACCGAUGCUAAUGCCGUCGGUCCCGUCGCUGAGGAAAGCGCCAACCCCCGCCCACUCUAUCCCCGCAAUUCCAACACGCCACUAAGGAUAUUAUCCGUUGGAGGGAGAGAGCUCACUCACUUGGGCUCAACAUACAUCGCCGUCACAAAUCAGAGCUUGAAACGUUUCAGCGAGGAAACGAUCAAGGAGCACGGUGCGAGCCACCUGCUACAGAACCAUCUCAGGGGGUUAUCAAGCCAGGCCAAUCUUGGUGUUGGCCAACCAUCGAACACACUUCAGCACCCCAGUGUAGACUUCCCGUCGGAAUCCCCGUUCGAAAAUAACGGUCGUACUGGCUUCGGUCCUAGCGUCGGAAACCCUCUUAACAGUCAGCAUAUUAUGGACGUGGAUCUUAGUGUCAAGCCAUCAAACAAGCCUGCUGAUGAAAACCCGGAUGCCGAGUCCGACAAGCUUUCGAAUGAAAAUCCGGAUACCGAGUCCGACAAGCCUGCUGACGAAAACUCGGACGCCGAAUCAGAUGCAAGUGUCACGGGCAUUAAGCCCGACCCUGAUGCCGGACCUUCGAACCAAGGCCCUGGCAGUGUUAUUGAAAUCAAGUCCGACCACUCGUCAAUGGAUGAUUGGCCCGCUGCUCCUGAAGAUGAUUACCUAUCUGAAUCUUCGGCCACGACCGACGACACAGCAAUGGCGCGCCCGGUACCGCUGUCCACCAUGGUAUGGGCAGACAGCAUGUUCCCCUUCCUUCAGCGAAUCCAGGUCACGGGUGUGCAGCUGGCACCCAUCAUCCAAACUCUACCCCUUCUAUCGCAGUAUAGGUUAAGGCCGCUAGAGGCCUUUGCUUCGAUAUUCGAACACAUGCAUAUCAUGGUCGGAUCACUCAGCCUAUUAUGGCUAACGCCGUACGACUCGUAA